UGUUAACCCAUCGGCUUUCUCUUUGCAGAUGCUGCGGUCUGUCUUCUCCUCGCUUUUUGGCACCUUGGGCGCCCUGUACUGUCUCACUGUGUCUUCGACGGCCCUGGCAAAUGGCCCACUGUGUGACGUCGGAGGUGGGGACUGGCAGCAACCCUUCCUGAACACCAACCACAGUUACCUGACGAACCAAACGCUUUGGGCGAUUUGCCAGAACCCUCCGAACAUCGUGGUGUGGAACGUCUCCCUCUUCUCCAUUCUCCUCAUCGCCAGCGCCAUCGAGCUGGUCUUCUGUGGUUUGCAGGUGGUCAACGGCUGCAUCGGCGUUUUCUGCGGAGAUUGCCGGAAGAAAAGCCGGAGAGACGAUGACGACCUGUGAACAGGGCAACAAGGCUGGGGGAGGGGGAGUGCAGACGUGACCCUGGAAGGGGCAGUUCCUCGACGUGUAGAUUUGAAAUUGGGUUUUCCCUCUCUUUCUGUUCUCACCUCUCCACUCCGACAUGAAGACAGUGGGCACUCAAUGCCAAAUGGGCAUGCCGCCGACUCCAUUGGCUCAACAUGUGUUCUGAGGCAAGAGACCCGAAAUCGAUGACUUUUGUUUCGCGCUAAAUAAAAGUUUAUUUAUCAUGGA